AUGUUCUGCAACCAAGAAAGGAGGAGCCAGGGAACGACUAGAGAAGGUAAUCAAGACACAGCUUCCUUAACUGAAGUUGUAGAGCAAGUUGCAAAACAACAACAGUCACAAACAUCAGAAAUAGAAAAAAAUAAAAAAGUUCUGCUCCAUUUGCAGAAUGAACUUCAUGAGCUUGAAAAACAAAUAGCAUCUGUCUCUGCAGAAACUAAAGAAGUAGAAAGUCAAAUUUGUCAGCAAGAUGCUGCCAUAGAGAAUACCAAACUUCAGUGCAGAAGCCUGGAAUCUCAAAUCAAAUCCAUUUGUACAGAAAAUGUGAAGCUUAAAUUUGACCUAGAAACAGUUCAAGAAGAGUUUGAAGAAAACAUGAGAAGAUAUAAUUCAUAUUAUGCAAAAAUAAAAGCACAUAAAAAUAAUUUCAUAGAGAUAGAAAACAAAUGGCCAUUCAUGGCUGAACUCCAUGAAAAACAAGAUCUUGUUAAAAGACUGAAGACAAUGAAAGGGGAACUUGGGCAAAAUCUCCAAAAUCCAGAUGGAAAUAGGAUAAAGCAAGUACAGGAAGACAUCAUGAUGCUAAAGGAUAGAAUUAUCACUACAAAAGAAUCUAUCAUUGAAAAAACUUGUUCUCUUGAGAAAGAAAAUAAGACACAUGAAAAGUUAAGGAAGGAAAUAGAGGUGCAACGUAAGAGAUAUGAUGCAAUUCUCAAGCGUUUGCAUUGUCAAGUGAACAAGUUUCAGUCAGAUAGGAGACAAUGGCAGUGGAAAAUUGAGCGACUAGAAGAAACUGCAGCCAAACUUAGAAAACGCAUUGCAGUGCAAAAAUAA